UGUUAGUGUAGUAUAAAACGUAAACGCAAAGCGAUGCGAAUUAAAAGUCCAACACAAUUCAUUCAGAGCUGAAACUAGCAACUGGUCAUAACAAACGUUUGUUUAAUUUUUAAACAAUGCAUUUGCGCGCGAUUAUUAUUUUGAGUAUAGUUGGCUGCGCGUUAAGUGCUGUACAGUUAUCAUGUAACCAAAUAAGUGAAUUAGUAGACGGCCACAACGCGAGGCGAUUAAAAUUGGCACAUGGUGAAGUAAAAGGACAGCCCCCAGCAGAGGAAAUGAAGUAUUUGAUAUGGGACGACGAACUUGCGGCAAAAGCUUCUAAAUGGGCAUCGAAAAACAAUUUCCAACACAAUCCUGAUAACACUAUUGGUUCGGGAAGGUUUCUUACCGGCGAGAAUAUCUACAUGUUCUCGACCACGAACUCUAACCAGAAAUUCAACACGGAGGCCGCUUUAGAUUCCUGGUUUAAUGAGUAUAAGGACUACACUUAUGGCCCUUUAAUGAUUUCCGAUUUUGCUAACGGAAAUGGACCUCAGAUAGGUCACUACACACAGAUGGCAUGGUCUAAUUCAGUCUACGUCGGUUGUGGUAUAUCAAAGUUUUCUAAGAAUCCCGGAUGGUACAGCUACUUCCUUGUUUGCAACUACGGACCUGCUGGAAAUAUCAUCGGAAAGGCCCCGUAUCAAUCCGGGGUAGCAAGCCAUAAACUUAUAUGUGGUGUCAGUGAUUGCAGCCAACCUUACGGCGAUAAAUGUCCAGCUUAGAUUUAAAGUGCUACAAUCAAUAAAAGUAAUACCUAUGUAAAUAAGGUGUAUGUUAUUCCGCCGACUUGAAAAAGUCUUAU